AGAGAAUGGAUAUGGGAAACAGUUCCUUAGUCACUGAGUUUUUCCUUGUGGGUUUAACCAAAUAUUCAGAGAUCCAGCUGCCUCUGUUCUUUCUUUUCCUAGGAAUCUACAUUGUCACUGUGGCAGGAAACCUGGGCUUGGUCACUCUAAUUGGACUGAAUUCUCACCUUCACACCCCCAUGUACUAUUUCCUCUUUAAUUUAUCCUUUAUUGACCUGUGUUACUCUUCUGUCAUUACCCCAAAACUGCUGGUAAACUUUGUGUCAAAGCUGAACACCAUCUCCUAUGCAGGAUGCAUGACUCAGCUCUUUUUCUACUGUUUCUUUGUCAGUGCAGAGUGUUAUGUGUUGACAGUAAUGGCCUAUGAUCGCUAUGUGGCCAUUUGCAAGCCCUUGUUAUACACGGUCACCAUGUCCCCUCAGGUCUGUUCUCUGCUGGCUGUGAUUGUAUAUGUGGGGGCGUUUAUUGGUGCCUGGGCCCACACAGGAUGCAUGCUCAGGUUGACCUUCUGUGACGCCAACACCAUCAACCACUACAUGUGUGACAUCCUCCCCCUUCUGGAGCUCUCCUGCACAAACACUCACAUCAAUGAACUGGUAGUUCUCAUUGUUGUGGGCUUUGAUGUGGGUGUGCCCAGCCUCACUAUCAUUAUCUCUUACUCUUUGAUCCUCACCAGCAUCCUUCGCAUGCAUUCCACUGAAGGAAGGUCCAAAGCUUUUAGCACUUGUAGCUCACAUAUAAUUGUUGUUUCUGUUUUCUUUGGGUCGGGGGCAUUCAUGUAUCUUCAUCCUUCUUCUGUUUUGUCCAUGGACCAGGGGAAAGUGUCCACUGUGUUCUAUACUAUUGUGGUGCCUAUGCUCAAUCCUCUGAUCUAUAGCUUCAGGAACAAGGAGGUUAAGAUUGCCCUGAAAGAAAGCUUGAAUAGAAAAACAUUUUCCUGAGCUCAAGCAGUAUUAAGUAUUAUAAGAGAAUACAGCUUUAUUUUAAAAUUGUUUUUGUUCCUCUAUAGAGUUUUUUUUCCAUGUAGAAAGAAAUGCAGUAUAGUAGAAAGAGUGUUGGACUUGGAAUUAGAAUGCCCAAGUCAAAAAUUCUGCAAAAUAGGGGUAUCUUAUUACUUUAUAAGGUUAUUGGGAUGAAUAAGCUAAUGCAAAUGAAUGUAGUGUGAAGGGCUUAAUACCAUGUUCUCUCCUCUCCUUCUCCUUUCUGUUCUUCCUCCCUCUUUUUCCUUCCCAGUGUUUUCCUCCUGUACUUUAGAGGGAACAUUCACAGACUUUCUUCUCUUCCUGUGAUCUCUGUCACCAUGAAUACUCAACUGCUCAAACCUCAAGCUAGUGUCCUCCUUGAUUCCUCUCUCUUUGCUUUUCCUCCACCCCCAAUUUAUGAGGUGCUGACAAUUCUUGUUCUCCUCAUGGCAUCAUCAUUUCUCAUCUGGACACCAGCCUCCUGACUAGCCCCUUCCUCUCUUGUCUUUUAGCCUCGAAAUUCAUUCUCCCGAUGACAGCCAGCAUGCUCUUUCCAUACUUCCAAUAAGAUCUCAUUUACCUUAGUUUACUCUUUUCACUGCAAUUGUCUUCAGUAUAAAACAAAGCUCCACAUUAUGUCAAACAAGGAUCACCUCUCCGGCCUGAUUUUCUGCCACUGUAACUCCCUCCUCCCUGCCUUUUUUCUGUUAGUCUACUGAAGUCACACUUAACUCUCCCAAGUUUAAUAAAUUCUCAUUCAUUUACACACUUUCCCACAAGCCAUUCUGUCGCCCUGGAACACCCUCAUGCACCCUCUGUGUUGCCCAGCCUGCCCAUCCUUCAGGUAUGAAGUUAUCCAG